AUGGCAAGAUGGUCUGUAUCACGCAAAGGAGACCCCAGAGAGUGCUUUCCAAAUGAUUCCCAUGAUGGGAGACCUUCCUCCUCAGUGGGCUUCGCUCCCCUCCUUCUUGGUGGGUCCCCCCGUACAUGUCCAAGUGAUGGGCUCCUCGCACUAACCAUUUCCUUCCUCCUCUCCUCUUGCCACGCAGAGUCCAAAGUCUUCCUCAUCUACAACACGGGCCUGCAGAGCUGCCUGGAUACCAAGGACUCGCUGGUGAGGCUCUCCAAGGCCUGCAACGCCAGCGCCCCGACGCAGCAGUGGAAAUGGGUCUCCAGGAACCGGCUCUUCAACGUGGGCGCCAUGCAGUGCCUGGGGGUGUCAUGGCACGGGGCCAACGCCACGGCAGGCCAGCACCCGCUGGCCACCUACGAGUGCGACCUGGAGUCCGUCAACAUGCGCUGGAGCUGCCGCGGGCUCGGCGAGCAGCUCUCGCAGCGCCUGGGCACCCGCGUGGCCAAUUCCUCGCUGGCGGCCUCCGACAGGGGCGACCAGACGCGCGGCUCGCCGUGGUGCACGUACGGCACCGAGGAGGACCUCUGCUCCAUGCCCUACUCUGAGAUUUACACCAUUCAGGGUAACUCGCACGGGAAGCCCUGCACCAUCCCCUUCAAGUACGACAACCAGUGGUUCCACGAGUGCACGAGCACGGGCCGUGAGGACGGGCACCUCUGGUGCGCCACAACCCAGGACUACGGCGUGGAUGAACGAUGGGGCUUCUGCCCUAUCAAGAGCAAUGACUGUGAGACCUUCUGGGACAAGGACCACCUCACCAACAGCUGCUACCAGUUCAACUUCCAGUCGACGCUGUCGUGGCGGGAGGCCUGGAACAGCUGCGAGCAACAAGGAGCCAACCUGCUGAGCAUCACCGAGAUCCACGAGCAGACCUACAUCAACGGGCUGCUGACGGGCUACAGCUCCACGCUUUGGAUCGGCCUCAAUGACUUGGACAUCAACGGUGGCUGGCAGUGGUCGGACAACUCGCCGCUCAAGUACCUCAACUGGGAGAGUGACCAGCCCGACAACCCCAGCGAGGAGAACUGCGGCGUCAUCCGCACCGAGUCGGCCGGGGGCUGGCAGAACCGCGACUGCGGCAUCGCCCUGCCCUACGUCUGCAAGAAGAAGCCCAAUGCCACUGCCGACCCCUUCGCCAGCGACUCGUGGUCGGAGGUGAAGGUGGACUGCGAGCCCAGCUGGCAGCCCUUCCAGUCCAACUGCUACCGCCUGGUGGGAGAGAAGAAGAGCUGGCAGGACGCCAAGAAGACCUGCCUGCGGAGCGGUGCCGACCUCGUGAGCAUCCACACACUCUCCGAGCUGGAGUUUGUCACCAAGCAGGUCAAGCAAGACGUGGAAGAGCUGUGGAUUGGCCUGAAUGACCUCAAGCUGCAGAUGAACUUCGAAUGGUCGGACGGSACACCGGUGAGGUUCACCUACUGGCAUCCUUUCGAGCCCAACAACUUCCGUGAAAGCCUGGAGGACUGCGUGACCAUCUGGGGCCCGGAAGGGAGGUGGAAUGACAGCCCAUGCAACCAGACCCUGCCCUCUAUCUGCAAAAAGCCCGGUCGCGUGAGCCAGGAGAAAGAGGAGGACGACCACGGGUGCCGGAAGGGCUGGAAGUGGCACAGCCCCUCCUGCUACUGGCUGGGCGAGGACCGUGUGCCCUAUGGCGACGCGCGGCGGCUCUGCUCCGACUAUGGCUCCACACUGGUCACCAUCACCAACAGGUUCGAGCAGGCCUACGUGAGCAGCCUCAUUUAUGGCUGGGAGAGCGAGUACUUCUGGACGGCCCUGCAGGACAUCAACGAGACGGGCGCUUUCCACUGGCUGAGCGGUGACGAGGUCACCUACACCCACUGGAACCGGGACCAGCCCGGUUACGGGAAAGGCGGUUGCGUGGCCCUGGCCACUGGCAGCUCCAUGGGGCUGUGGGAGGUGAAGAACUGCAGCACCUUCAAGGCCAAGUACAUCUGCCGGCAGAACCUGGGCACACCGGUGAACCCCGAGCUGCCGGCGCCCUUCCCCACGCCCAGCCUGGCCGGCUCCUGCCCCCAGGGCUGGAGCUCUGACGCCAAACUACGCCACUGCUACAAGGUGUUUAACUUCGACAAGCUCCAAGAGAAGAAGACAUGGAUUGCGGCGCAGGACUUCUGCCGGGAGCUGGGUGCCCAGCUGCUCAGCCUGGGCAGCUACGAGGAGGAGCACUUUGUGGCCAGCACCCUCAACAAGAUCUUUGGUGAAGCGGAGCCGGAGAUCCACGAGCAGCACUGGUUCUGGAUGGGCCUGAACCGGCGGGACCCAGCGGGAGACCGGAGCUGGCGCUGGAGCGACGGGCUGGGGUUCUUCUACCACAACUUUGAACGCAGCAACUACGAUGACGACGACAUCCGCGACUGCGCCGUGCUGGACCUGGCCUCCCUGCAGUGGGUGCCGAUGCAGUGCGAGUCCCAGCUGGACUGGAUCUGCAAGCUGCCCAAAGGUGCCGACGUGAAGGAGCCGGAGAUCACGACACAGGGCAGCAAAGAGUGGGUGAAAUACCAGGACGCCGAGUACAAGUUCUUCGAGCAUCACUCCACGUGGGUGCAGGCGCAGCGCAUCUGCACCUGGUUCCAGGCCGAGCUCGUCUCGGUGCACAACCAGGCCGAGCUGGAUUUCCUGGGCCAGAACCUCAAGAAGUUCUCCAGGGGCCAGGAGCAGCACUGGUGGAUCGGGCUGCACACCUACGAGAACGACGGGCGCUUCAAGUGGUCCGACGGCUCCCUUCUCAACUUCAUUUCCUGGGCGCCGGGCAAGCCACGGCCCGUCAGCAAGGACAAGAAGUGUGUCUACAUGACGGCCAGCAGAGAGGACUGGGGUGACCAGAAGUGCCUGACGGCCCUGCCCUACAUCUGCAAGCGGAGCAAUGCCACGGCCGUGAGGCCCUCCCUGCCGCCGCCACCCGGCCCCUCGAGCGGCGGCUGCCCCCGCGGCUGGUUCCCCUUCCUCAGCAAGUGUUUCAGCUUCAACGGCCACGACAAAUCGGAGAUCGUCAAGUGGCCGGAGGCCAAGCAGGCAUGCGAGAGCCAGGGCGCCAUGCUGGCCACCAUCGCCAACCACCUGGAGCAGGCCUUUGUAACGUCCAUGCUGCCCAACAUCUCCUUCGACCUGUGGAUCGGACUGCACAAGGCCAAGAAGGAGUUCCGGUGGGUGGAAGCGGAGCCGCUGCGGCACGUCAGCUGGGCACCCGGCGAGCCCUCGGGCUACGGCGCCACCGGCACCACCGACAAGCCGAGCGACUGCGUGGUGGUGUGGCACGGCUUGCCGCCACUCUUCACGGGCCGCUGGGACGACCGUGGCUGCCUGGAGGAGAAGCACGGCUACAUCUGCCAGCGCCCCUUAGACCCGUCCCUGAGCCCCCGGCGGACACCGUCCCUGCCGUCGCCCGUCGGCCCCCUCUUUUACCACAACAGCACCUACCGCAUCCUGCAGAAGCCGCUGCGGUGGCACGAGGCCCUGCUGCUCUGCGAGAGCCUCAACGGCAGCCUGGCCAGUGUGCUGGACCCCUACAGCCAGGCCUUCCUCACGCAGGCCGCUCACGGCCUGCGGGCCCCGCUCUGGAUCGGGCUGGCCAACGCCGAGGGUGGCCGCAGCUACGGCUGGCUCACGGAGGAGAGCGUCUUCUACGCCAAUUGGCAGGACGGCGAGCCCCGGCAGGCCGCCGGCUGCGCCUACAUGGAUGUGGAUGGCACAUGGCGCACGGCCGCCUGUGACGCCAAGCUGCAGGGUGCCAUCUGCAAACUGGGCAUGGGCACCCCGCGGAGCCACAAGUGGAGUUACAGCGGCAGCUGCCCCAAGUCGCUGGAGGACUCGUCCUGGAUCCCCUUCCGGGACCACUGCUACACCUUCCACAUGGAGAUCACCCUGGGGCAGAAGGAGGCCAUGAGGAGGUGCCAGAAAGUGGGCGGCAUGGUGCUAUCCAUCCAGGAUGAGACCGAGAACGUCUUCGUGUGGGAGCAUCUCCAGGCCUAUGAGGGCCCAUCCAAAGGCGCCUGGCUGGGCAUGACGUUCAACCCCAAAGGAGGCACCUUGGUUUGGCACGACAACACGGCUGUCAACUACUCCAACUGGGGCCAGCACGACACGGGGCCCAGCAUGCUCAGCCAGAACAGCUGCUACUGGAUCCAGAGCAGCAACGGCGUGUGGCGCCUGGGCUCCUGCACCAACGUCACCAUGGGCGUCAUCUGCAAAAUUCCCCGGGUUGAGGAGAGCAGCUUUUCCCGGUCAGCGCUGCCGGAGAACACGACGGCCGUGGCUGUGGUGGUGCUGUCGGCACUGGUGCUGUGCGCGCUGCUGGGUGCUGCCGCAUACCUGUACCGGCGGCGGCGGAGCGCCGAACGCAGCGCCUUCGAGAGCGCCCGCUACAGCCGCACCACCUCCAACCCCAGCGAGGCCGCCGAGAAGAACAUCCUGGUGUCCGACAUGGAGAUGAACGAGCAGCAAGACUAACGAGAUGACUGGGGUGUUUGUGGUCGCUGGUUACACCGGGGCGGAGGAAGGCAGCGAGCGGCGAGGCCCCUUGGGGGCCCCGGUUUCAAGAGCAGAAAUCUGUACAAACCAGGGGAAAUUCUGUACAAAAGGAAUUCUGGCCUCUGUCGGCAGUGAUCAGGAUGACRGGGAAAGCACAUAUAUGUUUAUGUGGUAUCUCUUAUCACCAUUAGAAUAAUGUGAAGAAUUGUUUAAAAGGACCCUGUCAAUUAUACA